UACCAUAGUCUUUCACAUUUGCAUUUUGCAAUGUCUUCCUUCGUGCAUUUUUACUCAAUUGUUACCAUUCUUCUCUUUGCUCUCCCUCCACUUGAGGUCACCUCCCACCACCACCACCACCACCACCACCACCAUAACCAUAAUGGACUCAAAUCUCUUCAUUUUGCACUUUUCCAACAUGAAACCAUAAACAAAACCGGUUACAUCAUUGUUAACGGAGUGGCUGGUCCACCUGUAAGCCAAACCACCACUCCGUUUGGGACCUUGUUUGCUUUUGAGGAUCCCUUAACUUUAAAACCAAACUAUACUUCCAAAGUUGUUGGAAUGGCCCAAGGAACCUCGAUCACUUCAGGACUAGAUGGGCUUCAAAGCAUCUCUAUUGCCUCAAUCGCUUUGAAUGUGAAGAAACAUAAAGGGUCUAUAUCCGUUGUUGGGGUCACACAUAACACCAAGCAUGCAAAUCAUCCUGUUGUCGGAGGCACAGGUGACUUUUUGUUUGUUCAAGGUUAUGUGACAUCAUCUCCGGUCAAUCUUGUAGGUUUGACUGUUACGUACAAGAUUGAGUUUCAUCUUUAUUGGCCUUAUGCAUCUUCUAAACCCUAAACUUCAUCAAGAACAAAUAUUUGACUUCGUUGUUUGUAGAAUUCUACAUGAGAUGGAAGGCUAGUUUUAUGAUUAUGUUUUUCUUUUCCUAUUGUUAAAAAUAAUACUUUUACCUUUUUAAUAAGAGUAAGAGUGUAAGACUGUAAGAGCCUAGCUACUAGAACAACGGUUCUAUUUAUACAAACAAGCAAAUUAAUUCCGUGACUGCA